GCCAAAACCAAAAAAAACCACACAGAAAAAAAGGAAAUUGACUUCCCAAAAAUUACACUAAGCUAACAUUGGAGGUCUGGCACAAAUCCAUCACAGCCAGGAAACUCAGAAUCUCAGAAUUAACCAGUGCACUCCCAUGGCUGCUAGGAAGGGCUGUAGGACAGGCUGAAGCUUUCAGACAUGGGGACUUGGGGAUGAAAGUCCUUAACGUGUCUCUGAAGGUGUUUCCGUGCACCUCCAUGCAUGCCAAAGACCGCCUCCCCCCCUCCAACCCAGCAUUAGAGGCAGGGCAGCUUUAUUCUUUGGGGAGAGGGUUAACAACAGGCUCCUGAUGCUCAGAUGUGACAAGUGACACCAGUACCUGAGUAGGGCUCUUUCCCCAGGACUUUUCCCCAGGGCUCUGUGUUGGUGGAGCAGGGAUAGAGCAAUGCAGCAGGGACCUGCAGGCUGCUGCUGAGGACACUGGGGAAUUUACACCCUAGCCCAGGUUACAAGUGAGGACAAAGUUGACUCUUCAUUCUCACUUGCACAUGACGCAGCAUCCCAUAAAUCAGUGUGAGUGACAGCCUUAGCUCAGCUGAGGUAGAAGGGAAGGGAGGAGAACGGGGUCAGGGCAGGGGGCAGCUCUGGGGCUGUGUGAGCAGCUGGCCCCGAGCCGGUCACAGGAAGAGCCUCCCAGCAGAAACUGCAGCUGGAGUGGCAAGGCAGAGGCAGCCUGAGCUGGCAGAGUGAGAUGGAAGGAAACUGGCAAAAUACCUGCUGCCUGCUGCUCACCUUGGGCUGAUGCUAUCAGUGCUGAAUGUUUGUGAUAGCUCUUUUCACUCAUCAGGUUUGGAAAAGCAUCGAACGGGCUCCGGUACCUACAGCUGUGGGGGCUGGCACCGAGAGUGUGUCAAAGGGCCAGCCAAGCCUCUGCUGUCCCCAGCUGUCCUGGGUUGCCACCCUGCCUUUGCCAUGAAUUUUCACAGCUUUGGGGUACUGCAGACAGCAGACCUCAUGACAGAGCAUUGAUAGCAUCUCAUUUCAGAGGCUAGGGGAGGUCGGGAUGUGUUAAGGCUGAAAAUAUUUACAGGUUCUGAAGUUGAAACACAAACAGGAAAAGCCCUUUAAAAAGUGAGUGUAGUGGAUAUUCAAAACAGGAAUUGCCAUGGAAACGCCACAAUAUUUGCUUAAAUUGACACAAAGGUUGCUGGUUGCAGGGUUCUGACUUCUUUGGCUCCAUUUUUUUUGGCCAGACACCUAUCACAAGUUGAUCUCAACAGCCCUCUUUUGUUUUGCUUCUUUUAUUAUUGUCUGAUGGAAAUUUAAAAAAAACCACCAACAACAGAACCCUCCAGUCUGCAAAUCCCACCUCAUAGAAGAGCCUGAAGCUUCUGAGCUUCUGACAAAGGUUGGAGCUAGGACAUUUUAUAAUUUUGGAAGUAAGGGAAAAGAGACUUCACCAAGUGAAGGGAGGCCAUCUAACUCACACUGUCUUCACCUGAGACCACCUCCAAAACAAAGAACCUGACUUCUGUCCUGGCUUUGUGCACUGGAAUGGACCUUGAAGCCUGUGACUUCUCAAUGCAAGCGUCUCUGCAAAGAAAGGUUUCUGCUUGUGUAGCGCCUGAUAUUGAAAACCCUGCAUUGUCCAUCAGAUCUGGACCUGGGAUGAGCAGAUCCUCUGAGACAAGAAGAAUGAAGUGAAUUUAGACCUAAAAACGAGGCAAGAAAAGAGGCCUUGAAAUCUCCGAAAGGUAGGAGAGACUUCAGACUGCAAUGGGCAGUUACUGGCAUUGCUGUAGAGACAUCCUGAACGACGUGUUGGAAAAGGAAGUGCACAGGACAGUCUUUCUGCACUGUGAACAUGUUUGAGACCCCCAUGCAAAGCUGUGCUCUGUUCUGACUCCAAGUCUCCUCAGACAUGGCCGAGGAAAAUGCACCUGAAAGAACUAUAUGCACUGACGCAGCCUCAGGAAAACCCGCAAUGGCUGCCAAGCGCAAAGGCGGCCUGAAGCUAAAUGCCAUCUGUGCCAAGCUGAGCCGCCAAGUCGUCUUUGACCACGGGGGAGCUGAGCAGGCACGUGUGGACAAGGGGCCACAGCAGGAGAGCAGCAACAAGGACCUGCCCCAGCCCGGGACCAAAGAGCUGGGGACAGAGUUUUCAGAUGGACUCAGCUGCGUGCAGAAGAUCGAGGAGGACAAAAGGAGGGAGGUGAUCGAGAAGUGGGUGAACGGAGAGUACAAUGAGGAGCCCUUGCUGGGGCGAGCAGAGGGCAAGGAAUGUAAGAGCACCGAGAGCACAGAGGUGCCCCCUGAAGGGGUUUACAUGGUGCAGCCCAAGGGCUGCAGCGACGAGGAGGAUAACGGGGACGAGGCAGACGCUCUGAGGGGCUCACAGGAUGGCAACUUCUUGGAUGACAGGGAUUCAGAUGGGCCAGGAAAGGACGAUGCCUACCGGUCCUCCAGUGGCGAACCAGGCUCCAAGCUGGGGGCAGGAACCACCUCAGGGGAAGCUUCAUCACUGCGGGAUUACGCCGCCACCACCAUGAACGAGUUCCUGGGCAUGUUCGGCUACGACGACCAGAACAUGCGCGACGAGCUGGCCCGCAAGAUCAGCUUCGACAAGCUGAACGCUGCUACCUCAGAGGCCACCACGGCUGCUGCCUCCCUCCCUGGCGAAGAUGCCAUGAGCAAGCGAGCCCGCUUCUCCAAGUACGAGGAGUACAUCCGCAAACUGAAAGCUGGAGAGCAGCUCUCGUGGCCCAUGCACUUGGCCAAAUCUGAGGAGUUGGGCUCCAAGCUGGGAAAAGAGCCGUCCUCAGUGCUGGCACAGCCCAUUCGUGUGCCAGGCCCAGACACCUCCAUGCUGACGGAGACCAAAGCCACUAUCCUGCCACUGCCCUCUCCCAGCAGUUCCCAGAUGCAGGGCCUGAUGUCACGGGCCUCCAAAUAUGACUUCUUCAUUCAAAAGCUGAAGACGGGCGAGAGCAUCAGGCCACAAAAUGGCAACACUUACAAGAAGGCCUCCAAGUAUGACCUAGAAAACGUCAAGUACUUGCACCUUUUCAAGCCUGGGGAAGGAAGCCCAGAUAUGGGAGGAGCCAUCGCCUUCAAGACAGGCAAGGUAGGCCGGCCUUCCAAGUAUGAUGUGAGGAACAUUCAGAAGCUUACUCCAGUAAAAGCUCCAGUGCCCAGCCUGGCCCCUGCUUCCCUCACCAGUACCCCCAGCAGCACUCCUGUGGCCGGGCCCGAGCAGUCCAUCUCAUUGCCAUUCAGCACUCCUGAGUACCUGAAAUCAACUUUCUCCAAGACAGACUCCAUCACAACUGGAACAGUCUCUACAGUAAAGAAUGGAUUACCCACUGACAAACCAGCCGUCAGCGAAGACGUAAAUAUUUACCAGAAGUAUAUUGCCAGGUUCUCUGGCAGUCAGCACUGUGGACACAUACACUGCGCCUACCAGUACAGAGAGCAUUACCACUGCCUCGACCCCGAGUGCAACUACCAGAGAUUCACCAGUAAACAGGAUGUGAUUCGGCAUUACAACAUGCACAAGAAGCGCGAUAACUCCCUGCAGCAUGGCUUCAUGCGCUUCAGCCCCCUGGACGACUGCAGCGUGUACUACCACGGCUGCCACCUGAACGGGAAGAGCACUCACUACCACUGCAUGCAGGUGGGUUGUAACAAGGUCUAUACAAGCACCUCUGAUGUGAUGACCCACGAGAACUUUCACAAGAAGAACACGCAGCUCAUCAACGACGGGUUCCAGCGGUUCCGUGCCACGGAGGACUGCGGCACUGUGGAAUGCCAGUUCUACGGGCAGAAAACCACUCACUUCCAUUGCAGGAGACCUGGGUGUACAUUCACCUUCAAGAACAAGUGUGACAUUGAGAAGCACAAAAGCUACCACAUCAAAGAUGAUGCCUAUGCCAAGGAUGGCUUCAAGAAGUUCUACAAGUACGAGGAAUGCAAGUAUGAGGGCUGUGUCUACAGCAAGGCCACCAACCACUUCCACUGCAUAAGGGCAGGCUGUGGUUUCACCUUCACCUCCACCAGCCAGAUGACUUCCCAUAAACGCAAACACGAGCGCCGGCACAUCCGGAGCUCAGGAGUGCUGGGCCUGCCUGCCUCACUCCUGGGCUCUAAGGAUAAUGAGCAAGAGGAGUCCAGUAAUGACGACCUUAUUGACUUCUCCGCCAUGAGCUCCAAGAACUCCAGCCUGAGUGCCUCCCCGACCAGUCAGCAGUCUUCCGUUUCUCUCAUCGUCCCAGCUGCACCCUCCUCUGCGGCUGAGCUUGCUUCCUCACAGGCCGCCAAGUCUGCCAACAGCAUGACACCAGCCACAAAGAUCUCUGGCCUGCUUUCCCAGGCUCUUCCUAGCAAUAUACCCUUGGCCCUGGCACUCUCCAACUCAGCACUUCCUGGAACAGCUGGAUCCUUCUUCCCCAUCAUCCCCAGUCGGGUCUCUACACCACUUCCUGCCAGCUCGGCUAAUCUGAUGACCCCUGGUUCUUCUGGCACCAAUCCAGCAUCAUCUGCUCCUACAGAUUCCUCAUCCCAGGCAGUUUCAGGAUCUGGCGAGCCAGUGGCUACUUCCUCACCUGCUCCAGCAGCCUCUAUAAUGGAAAGGAUCUCUGCUAGUAAGGGAUUAAUCUCUCCUAUGAUGGCCAGGCUGGCAGCAGCUGCACUCAAGCCCUCUGUGGCACUUGAAGCAGGUAAUGGACAACCAGCACCUCCUGGACGGUUCAAUCCAGUCCAGGUGAAGCAGGAACCUGCGGAGGCCAUGGGACCGACAUCUGCCACCAGUCAGGACCCCUUGCAGGAGCACAGCUUGGACCUGAGUGUCAAGGACCACGGUAAUGAAUCAAAUGGCCACACAGUCUCAGCAAAUUCAUCUCUUUUAUCCUCGCUUAUGAAUAAGAUGUCCAAGACCAGUGCCAGCCUUGGCAACCUGCUGAACAUUAAGACAGAGGGCGAAGGCAGCCAGGCUGGGGCUGGGGAGCCAACCCAGUACUUGGGCAAGGCAGUGAAGGCUCUUGUCCAGGAGAAGCUCUCUGAGCCAUGGAAGAUGUACCUGCGCCGGUUUGGCACCAAGGAUUUCUGUGAUGCCCAGUGUGACUUCCUCCAUAAGGUGCAUUUCCACUGCGUGGUGGAGGAAUGCGGGGCCCUCUUCAGCACCCUGGAUGGAGCCAUCAAGCACGCCAAUUUUCACUUCCGAACUGAAGGUGGAACUGUGAAAAGCAACUCUGAGUCUCCCUUCUCAACUGCUACUGAGAAUAAGGCUUCACUGGCCCCUUCGUCACCAUCUGCUGCUUCUGCCACCAUGGCCAGUGCUCCUGCCCUUGAGGUGCCCGCUCCAAAUCCAGCUGCUAUGCCCUCUGCUCCCACACUACUUGCUUGGAAGCAGCUGGCUUCAACCAUACCCCAGAUGCCUCAGAUCCCAGCAUCAGUGCCUAACCUGGCAGCUUCACCCUUGGCAACGACUUCCCUGGAGAAUGCCAAGCCUCAGGUCAAACCUGGAUUUCUUCAGUUCCAGGAGAAUGAUCCCUGCUUGGCAACAGACUGCAAGUACGCCAACAAAUUCCACUUCCACUGUCUCUUUGGGAACUGCAAGUAUGUGUGCAAAACCUCUGGCAAAGCAGAAUCCCACUGCCUGGACCACAUCAACCCCAACAAUAAUCUGGUGAAUGUGCGAGACCAGUUUGCUUACUACUCCCUGCAGUGUCUCUGUCCAAACCAGCACUGUGAAUUCCGGAUGCGAGGGCAUUACCACUGUCUGCGUCCUGGCUGCUACUUCGUGACUAACAUCACCACCAAGCUGCCCUGGCACGUGAAAAAGCACGAGAAGGCAGAGAGAAGGGCAGCCAACGGCUUCAAGUAUUUCACCAAGCGGGAAGAAUGUGGCAGGCUAGGUUGCAAAUACAACCAGGUGAACAGCCACUUCCACUGCAUCCGAGAGGGCUGCCAGUUCUCCUUCCUGCUCAAGCACCAAAUGACAUCCCAUGCCAGGAAGCACAUGAGAAGGAUGCUGGGGAAGAACUUUGAUCGUGUUCCUACUCAGGUUAUUGGCCACACUCCAAGAAAUGAAAAUCUCCCCCAGGUUGGCAGCAUGGCACCCAGCCCAGCCUCAUCAGGAACCCCAGCUUCCUUUCAGGGACCCCCAAGCAUGAUGGACACUGAAACAGAAGAGUACAUGGAUUACACUGGCUGUAGCCCUGGGGGUAUCUCCUCUGAAUCUUCCAAUAUGGACCGCAGCUGCUCCAGCACUCCAGUGGGCAAUGAAAGUACAUCAGCAGGCUGCCUGGUUCCUUCUACUGCUACUGCUGCUGCCGAUGAUGCAACCCACACUGCACCACAACCUCCACCACCAUCUCUGCCUCCAUCUUUCUCACAAGCCCUGCUUAGGUCUCCCCUCCCCACCCUCCCCUAUCUCUUCUCUCCAUCUUGUCUCUCGUACUCCCUGCUCAGUGCCACUCUGGGAGCCAGCAGAGGCAUUGUCAUGCCUGCCGCCAGCACCGCUGGGUUCUCGCCCAUCAUUGCCACUCCAACUCCAGUAAAAAGUGACGUUCCCUUAGUGCAGGAUGCAGCAGGGAACACCAUCACUAUGCCAACUGCCUCGGGGGCCAAAAAGCGUUUCUGGAUUAUUGAGGACAUGUCCCCAUUUGGCAAGCGCCGCAAGACCGCGUCCUCACGCAAGAUGCUGGAUGAAGGGAUGAUGCUGGAGGGAUUUCGGCGCUAUGACCUCUACGAGGACUGCAAGGACUCCAGCUGCCAGUUCUCUCUCAAGGUUACCCACUACCACUGCACACGGGAGAACUGUGGCUACAAGUUCUGUGGCCGUACCCACAUGUAUAAGCACGCCCAGCACCACGACCGUGUUGACAACCUAGUAUUGGAUGAUUUCAAACGCUUCAAGUCUUCACUGAGUUGUAACUUCCCAGACUGUCAGUUCUCUGGCAACAGCACACACUUCCACUGUCUGCGCUGCGGCUUCCGCUGCACUGACAGCACCAAGGUGACCGCGCACCGCAAGCACCACGGCAAGCAGGACGUCAUCAGCGCCGCCGGCUUCUGCCAGUUCAGCUCCAGCGUGGACUGCGAGGUGCCUGACUGCAAGUACAAACUCAAAUGCUCCCACUUCCACUGCACCUACCCCGGCUGCAAGCACACGGUGGUGGGGAUGUCUCAGAUGGACUCUCACAAGCGCAAACACGAGAAGCAGGAGCGAGGGGAGCUGCCUGCCAUCUCCCCUGGCCCCGAGGGCCUUGCCCACUCCACUCUUGAGUAUGAUAUCCAGAACUCUUCCAUCAACCUGGACAGCUCGCUCAACCUCAGCACUGACAACAACAGCUCCCUCUUCUUCCUGCAGAACGCAGCUGGCGUGGGCCUCAACGACUCCCUGGACCUCAGCAAGAAGCAGGCAGAAGCCGCCGAGGGCCCGUCCCCAAGCAGAGCCGGGGCCGCGCCAGCGGAGAGGAGCGCGGGGGCACCGGGCUCCGGGGACGUGGAGGACGAGGACGACUCUUCCCAAGAGGAUGAAGAGGACGAUGAGGAGGAGAUGAAUGAAGAAGAGGAGGAUGAUGAAGAGGAGGAUGACGAUGAUGAUGAUGAGGAGGAUGAGGAGGAGGAAGACCUGAACACAGAUUCUGAAGAAUCGCUGCCGGACCCUGAAGGCCUGGCCACUAAAGAAGACGGAGAACCGGAGGAGGGUGCUUCUUCCACAGACCACGGCGAUGCUUCCAGGCCUCAGGGCGAGCCAGCCCUCACUCCAGCCCCAGCUCCUGCCCCUGCUCCAGCUCCGGCUGCUGCCUCGGCCUCCACCGCUGCUCCAGCAGCUUCUCCUUAAUCCUAGAGACAGCAACGGCAGUGGUUUGGUUUUUCUCUUACAGAUUUACUAAGAGGACCCCGUAUAAGGCAAGAACAAAGAUGGGGAUGGCAAAUGAAAAAUGAACUCCGUGCCACAAAUGAGAGAGAGGAAGGAAGGAAACCCCUGCUCCUCCCCAGACCCCAGAAGAGAUCAGUUGGCAGCAGGACUGGUGCUGCAUCACUCCAUUCUACAGAUCCCAGAACAAGGGGGCAGGAUGCAGCAAAAAAUACCCUUUAUAUGGACACGAACCCUGAGGGUACCCACUACUUUUCCUUGCUCCCUGCACGGUGCGUGGGGCCUGUGCCCAUCUGGGGACCCUUUUUUAUGGGUGGGGCUCUAUCCCCCCAGUUUUCUUUCUGGGUUUUAUUUUUCCAUGUUUUCAGUUGUACGAUAAUAAUAAUAAUCUCCACUUCUUGGAGGGGGGUGGGUGGGAACAAGAGGUAAUGAAUUUUAGAAAUAUAUAUUUGUGUGUGUGUCUCUCUAUAUAAUGUACACACACACACACAUAUAUAAAAUUAAAGGAAUUGGUGUCACAAAGACAAGUAGCUCAGCUUUUGCCAGUGGGAAGGAGGGGGUGAGGAGUGUGCUCUCUCUUUCUCUCUCUCUCUCUCUCUCUCUCCACCCUUCCCCCUUCUUUCUCCAGCAUUAAAUGGCAUCAGACAGCCAGGGUGGGAGUGGGUAUUUAUUGUCACAUAAAUGAGGAUGCAUUAAUGAAUGAGCAGGGGUGGGAAUGGGACACUCCUCUGUUCUUCCAGAUCCUUUUUACUGUUAAUGAUAAUAAUUUUGAAUGCUAUUUAUAUUGUAAAACUUUCUCAGUCUACACUUUCUCUGUAGGACACCUCUCCUCAUCCCUGCUGUUCUGACUGUAGGGAUUUAGCUGAAGUAACCUGGGAAGAACACAGCAGGCAGUUUAAAGGGUCUGUCACACUGGAGGACUGGGCUUACUCUGCCAUCCAGUUCCAUCUCAUCCCAACCCCUAGGUGCUUCCUCUCUGCGGAGGUGAGGCGUUUUCGUGGUGCUUCAGUAUCCCCAUCUCAGGAGGCUGUGAGCUGCCCCUGCCCCGAGGUGCAGCACAGGGAGCACCAAGCUCACACAGGAGCGUCCUGGUCCCCGGAGCAGCCUCGGGAAGGGGCCCCGCUCUGCCCCAGGCACCGGGACCGGGACAGUCCCGUCCCCAGCCCUGCUGCAGGCACGCCAGAGCGUGACAGACGCGGAUCUCAGGUGACUCAGGCAGGCACGCUCUGAGCCCGCUGGGGUGUCCUGCUCGGCUCUGGGCUGGGGAGGGGACAGCCCUGCUCUGCCUGCUCCUGCCUUGCAGACCCUGCUGCAGCCCCGGCGCUGGGCAGCUGCCUCCUCGGCUCUGCUGCAGCUCUGGGCCACCCUGACCUCUCGGGCACUGCAGGAGCAAUCGCAGCUGACCUGCCCCCGCAGCAGCUGGGCUUUCCCCGGCUCCGGGCUCUUCCCUGCUAUCGUGGCCCGGCCUGGCCUGGGAACACACACUACAGGACACUGUCCCAGCCUCUGGCAGGUGCCACAGUAGCUGUUUGACCCCAAAUCCUUGCCUGAGCCUGAAAGGGCUUGUCCACACACACCAGGGCACCAGAAGGACUAGUAUGAAUUAUUCUGAUAGUUACUUUGGUGCCAGUUUUAAAGUAUACCAGAUUAGUUUGAGCUUUGUCCUUUUUAAAAAAAAAUAAAAAUUCUUUUUUUUUUAUACCAUGCAGGCACCCUCUCCCCUCCUCAGCUCCAUGAGCACUUCAGCUCUAAGGGAUCCCCAGGAUUUGUUUCCACCCUGAACAGAUAAAGGCCUCAAGAAAUUCAAGAAAUUUAGGUUGCUUUUUUUUUGGUUAUUUCCCUAAGGAACUGGUGCAGAUCAGGUCUGAUUUAUAAACAAGCAGCUCAGCUGUGUAAAUGUGGGGACAGAAUGUUCAGCUAAUGUUUCAAAAGGAAAGGAAAAAAAAAAGUUGUACAGUAUUUUUCCUGUAAAGGUUAUUACUAUAUAUAGAACAAAAGAGAAACCACCAAUGCCAAGGGGUGGAGGGGGAGGUGUCACCUGCCUUCUGGAUAGCCCUUACGUAUGGUUAAUUGUGUGCAAUUUUUUUUCUCCUUUUUUUUUCCCUCUCCCUUUUUUUUUGUUUUCCCUUUUUUUUUUUUUUUGUUUUCUCUCUUUCAGUGUAGUGUAUGUAGGGGUGGCAGGGGAGGGGGGGCCUUACUGCUGUGGUUUGAGGCUGCCUUCCCACUCCCAGCACUGACCGGACCUGCACGAUUCCGAACUCUAACUUGAAUUUUGUAGAGAUGAAACAAAUGAAAACAAAUGAAAUAUUAUCACUA